GUUUCAGCUGGAGCUCCUCGGAUCUCCACUCGUUCCUGUAACGCGUGGACCUACAGGGCGCUGAGAACCGAUGGAGGCGAUGGUCCCGCUCAGAGCAGCGAGGUUUCUCUACAGCUUCAGCUGAAGAACACGGAGAACAGGCGGACACAGGGCUGAACUGACUCUACAGGGCUGAGCUGGUGAGUUUCUGCUGCUUUUCAUGCAGUGAAACGAGCAGAAAGCUGAGAGAGAAGACGAGAAAACCAAGUGAACGCGAGUUUGGAGACUCUGUGUACAGUUUGAGGGACUUUGUUAGAUCCGAGAGCGAGGAGAACAAGGGAGAAACUGUUCUCACACCGGUGUGUCUGAGUGGGAGAAGCUUUGUGCAGUGGAGUGGACACCUAGGUGAUGUUUGUUUAACUCUAAUUGACAUUUCUGGAUGUUUUUGGGACUUUGUCAUACCAUUCCAGUGUUGGGAAGAAAGUGUGGACUGCUUGUUUUUUAGAAUUUUUUUCCUGUGAAAGUCUGUAAUGUCUGUAAAGUUGGAUCUAAUUGACUUUUAAAACAGGCACGCAACUAAACCCUUUCCAAUGUCCUAAUUUUUAAAUUCAUCAGUGGAUUGGUAGUUACUCUAUACCUCCAUAACUGUGCUGCAAUGAAGCAACUCGAGGUACAUGUGUAUGUUUUGUGUCUUCUGGUCUGGACAGCACAAGCAUCAGGUUACAAGUCCUCUUCUUCUGUGGACCCAUACUUCAGGAAAUCACGCAACCAUGAAGAAUCCAUGUCGAACAGCCUCGUCAGCAGAGCUGGAGCCGUCUCAGAGAACCAGGCAGGACUUAUUCUUCUUCAAGCAGAUCAAGCUACAGAUUCUUCCAGAUCUCCAGCAAGACGAGUCUUAAAGGGACGAAGACCUGGACCAGCCCGGAGACCUGUUAACGUCCCUGCUCCGGACACACCGACAAGUCCUCAACAACAAAGUUCAAAGGGACAAAGUCCACAGCAACAAAGUCCACAAGGACAAGGUCCACAGCAACAAAGUCCUAAGCGACAAGGUACACAACGACAAAUUCCACAGCAUCAAAGUCCACAAGGACAAAGUCCACAAGGACAAGGUACACAGAUACGAAGUCCUCAGCAACAAAGUCCACAGCGACAAAGUCCACAAGGACAAGGUCCACAGAUACGAAGUCCUCAGCAACAAAGUCCACAGCAACCAAGUCCACAAGGACAAGGUCCACAGCAAUCAAGUCCACAGGGACAAGGUCCACAGCGACAAAGUCCACAAGGACAAGGUCAACAGGUGCCUUCAUUCCGUCUACCCAACGGCACCAGCUCUAUAAGUGUCCUGGCUGGUUUUGCGGGUCGAAACCGAGUACUGGUCAUUUCAGCCCCCCACGAAUCAGACGGCUACUACAGGCUGAUGAUGACCUUGCUCAAGCCCAAUGUGUACUGUGAGAUGGCAGAGCGACACAUGCAGCAGAUUGUCAUGUUCCACGAGAAGAGUGAAAUGGGUGGCAAAGUGAGACGCGUCAACACCCAGGGUUCUGUUACAGAGGAGCCACUCGACCCGGACCUGGUGCCCAAGCUCAUGAGCUUCCUGAAGCUGGAAGAAGGAAAGUUUGCGAUGGUGCUGCUGAGGAAAACCUUGCAAGUCGAGGAGAGAUACCCGUACCCGGUGCGACUGGAGGCCGUGUACGAGGCAAUCGACCAGGCGCCCAUGCGGAGGAUGGAAAAAGCCAGGCAGAAAGGUUUUGUGGAGAAAUGCAGGGCAGCAGGUAUGGAGGGACAGGUGGUGCAGACUGUUGGGACCAAGACAGGAGGUUCCAAACCCCAAGCUCCAAGAUUACAGGACAGUGAGAACAGUCCGAGACAGGCAGGGGCCGUCAGGACUACCACGACCACGACCACCACCACCAGCAAACCUACAACAAAACCAACAACCACAACCAUUGCUACUACCAAACUUGUGACUACAACAUUAAUGACUACAACCCAGCCAACCACAACUACUACCACAACUACUGCUACAACUACAACUACUGCCUCAACUACUCUACCCACUAUCCUACCCUCAACAACCACCACUACCUCCACCACUCUGCCGACCACAGCAGAGCCUACAGAACCCAACCCAAGAUCUCACCGCCUCAAAGGCCCGCUAAGUACCUCAGAACUCACCAACCGACCAAAGGAUCACAGUAACGCAGUAACCAACCCCUCCAUUACCUCCGAAUUUAUCCCCCAGCACAGAGACAAACACAAAGAACACACAGAUAAGGUUCCACCCGUCGCCUCGCCACCUCAGGCCCGCAGACGGAAGCCCAUCAGGGACAAACUCCCCAAACCAAAAAAUGUCGAACGAGAACAAACCAGUGACCACGCAGCAGAGCGGGAGUCAGAAAACCCCACCAAACCAACCGAGGAAAGUCUCCUCACCACUAAAGUAGCUAAAACUCCACCUGCCAAACCUGAGAAGAAGAAAAAAACUGAGAAACCUGAGAAACCCGUAAGGAAAAACAACCCAGAAAAUAAAGAGAAAGCAUCAAAAGCCUCCAAGGAGCCAGAGGCUAAUCCUCAAAACAGAAACGCAGCGAAAAAAACGAGCAGCUUCGAGGAGAAAGACUCCAUUGGCAAGUCCACAGAAAAAACGCCCGACCCCAAGAGGUCACUAGAGACGUUUCUGAGUUAUUUUGAGAAGAGAAGACGUCUUCUUGUAAUAACUGCUCCCAAUGAGCAGAAUCGCAUGUACAGUCAGCAGAGAGAUGAGUACCUGGAGCAGGUGUGUGACAUGGCCCUGCGCAAGAUCUCCAUCAUCACUGUUUUCGGGCCCCUUGGAAAUGGAACCAUGAAAAUAGAGCAUUACCAGAUGGAGCAGGACAAGCCCGUGCGAGGCCUGCCAGACAGUGAACUCAUCAACCAGGAACUCAUCACUGACUUCAGGAAGGAGCUCGGCCUGGUUUACAAUGACUUCUACAUGGUGCUGACUGACUUCGACAUGAAAGUGAAGCAAGAGUAUGAAGUUCCCAUCAUCAUGAAGGCGGUGUUCGACUACAUCGACACCUUUUCAUCACGCCUCAAAGAGAUGGAGAUUCAGAGGAAGCUCGGAAUUGCUUGCAAGAAAGAGGACAAAUCCAGAUCUCUAGAGAAUUUCCUCUCCAGGUUUCGCUGGAGGCGGAGACUACUUGUAAUCUCCACCCCUGACCCUGAGGAGUGGGCCUAUCAGCAGCAGCUUUACGCCAUGACCAGUCAGGCCUGCAAUCUGGGUCUGCGUCACAUGUCUGUGCUGAAACUGGUGGGGAAGACCAUAGACGAAAUGGGAGGAGUCUUGGAGCUCUACCCAAUCAAUGGAAGUGCAACCAUGGACCGGGAGGACCUUUCUGCUACGCUGGUGCGAGACAUCAGGAACUACUUCCAGGUCAGUCCAGAGUAUUUCUCCAUGCUGCUGGUGGGGAAAGAUGGCAACGUCAAGUCCUGGUACCCGUCGCCCAUGUGGUCCAUGUCCAUCAUCUACGACCUGAUCGACUCCAUGCAGCUCCGCCGGCAGGAGAUGGCCAUCCAGCUCUCCCUCGGGAUGCGCUGCCCGGAGGAGGACCACGGCCACCAUGAUGGAUAUCACGAGGGCUAUCCUCACGGCUACGGUUACUGAGAGGUUGAGCUGUGGUUAUUGGUUCAAACGAAUUCUUACCAAAGACAGCACUAAAUAUAAUAUUAAUAAUAAUAAUAAUGUUUUGCUGUAAGUGUGUGUUGUUUUGUUAGUUUGUUUUGUUACUUUCUUCUUCUUUUUCUGCUCGUUUUUGUAUUACAUGAAUCAUGCUAGUACCUCUCUUUUAUGGAAACGUUGACAGUAUUUUCCUGAUAUUUUUGUGUUUUUUGAAAGUAUUACACUACAUACGGGUUUUUUCUCUUAUUUAAAUUUUUAGAAUAAACCAUUUCUAAAACAUUAAUCUUACUUUUUUUAGUUAGUUUGAGUUGUGGACUGUAUUUAAUGUGUAUGUGUUUUUAUACCAGAUUUCGUAGUUCUGCUGCCCUCUAGUAGUUGUGGGAUCGAACUACAAUUAGCAGUAUUUUUCCAUAACUGAACUGUGCUGAUUUUAAAGGGACAGUAUGGAAAAUGCAAAUAAUAAAACAGUGUUUACAUUUA